AGCGCUGCAGGCGCGGGCAGGCGCGGGAGCCCAGGCUCGCCUGGCCAGAGCCCCACCGACUGCGGCGGCACCAGGUAGAAAGAGGCCAGAGUUUAAGAAACAGCAUCUCUCGAGCACCUGCUUAAUAAAGGUACGGCAUUAGCAGCACAGUCGUUCUGGAAGCCAACCCAGUUUACAGAUGAGGCAAGCCAGGCUUACAGAGACCCAGCUCUCCGUGUCCCCCACAAGGGGAGGAGCCCCAGUCCUUAAACCCCCUCGAAUGGACGGGAGCCGGUGCCAGCGACGAAGAAGGAUGUGACCACGUCUUCACAAGAGCCCUCCAGCAGCGAGCCAGUGCCCCCUGCAGUCGCGGGUCACAGUGCCCGGGUACCCCCUGCAGUCGCGGGUCACAGUGCCCCGGUAUCUCUGUGACACAGUCCUGGGAGGGAGGCAGCUCUUCAGGGGCAAUCCGAAAACUGGGGUUGGAGCCACGAAACUGACUUCAAAACCUCUUUUUACCUCGUCUUCCUUUGUGUUCUUGCCCAACACCUUGUCACGGACUGUUGAAUUUUGUUAUAGAAAAAUAACCUUGGGCUAGUCUUUGAAGACUCUCCUUCCACCGCAUCUGGACCCUUUCUUCUGGUUCUGAUGGGGCUCCAGAGCCCAGUGACUGACAUAGUUGGUACUCCGGGGCACUGAGGAGAAGCCGCCUGGUGCUGUGAUCCAGGGUAGGUGCAGCAGGGUCUCACAAUGGCCUCUCCCUCUCCAUCUGAGAUCACCAUCAUCCUGGUCCUUGUGGUCCUCAUCUGCAUCACCAUCGCUGGCAACGUAAUUGUCUGCCUCGCCGUGGGCCUGAACCGCCGGCUUCGCAGUCUGACCAACUGCUUCAUUGUGUCCUUGGCCAUCACUGACCUGCUCCUUGGCCUCCUGGUGCUGCCCUUUUCUGCCAUGUACCAGUUGUCCUCCACGUGGAGAUUUGGCCAGAUCUUCUGCAACAUCUACACCAGCCUGGACGUCAUGCUCUGCACAGCCUCCAUUCUCAACCUCUUCAUGAUCAGCCUGGACCGGUACUGCGCCGUCACAGACCCGCUCCGAUACCCCGUGCUGGUCACCCCUGUCCGAGUGGCCAUCUCCCUGGUUUUAAUUUGGGUGAUCUCCAUCACUUUGUCCUUCCUGUCUAUCCAUCUGGGCUGGAAUAGCAGGAACAAGACCAGCAAUGGCAACGACACCGCUAAGUGCAAAGUCCAGGUCAAUGAAGUCUACGGUUUGGUGGAUGGACUGGUCACCUUCUACUUGCCUCUGCUCAUCAUGUGUAUCACCUACUACCGCAUCUUCAAGAUCGCCCGGGAGCAGGCCAAGAGGAUCAAUCAUAGCAGCGCCUGGAAUGCAGUCACCAUAAAAGAGCACAAAGCCACAGUGACCCUGGCCGCUGUCAUGGGGGCCUUCAUCAUAUGUUGGUUCCCCUACUUCACCGUGUUUGUUUACCGUGGGCUUAGAGGGGACGAGGCCAUCAAUGAGGUCAUCGAAGCCAUUGUUCUAUGGCUGGGCUAUGCCAACUCAGCCCUGAACCCCAUCCUGUAUGCUGCAUUGAACAGAGACUUCCGCACUGCCUAUAAGCAGCUCUUCUGCUGCAGGCCCAAUUCCCACAACUUUCAUGACAGUUCUCUGAGGUCCACCAACUCCCAGAUGUCCAGGAGCCAAAGCAGAAACCACACGGGGCAGGAAGAGAAGCCCCUGAAGCUACAGGUGUGGUGUAGGACUGAGGUGAAAGCCCCACAGGGAGCUGCAGACAGGAAGCCAGCACUGCCCCGCACCCUGUGCUCCGAUGAUCUUCUGAGCUGCUGCAAGAGCCUCUGGGGGCUUCAGUUCCUCCGGAGGCACCUGGGAGCCCCUGGAGAGCAGCAGCUGAGAGACUCCCCAUCUGAGGAAGCCAUGAGGACAUUGCCAUCCAGGGGCCUCUAGCCCCGGCCCCGAGCCCUGCAAGGCCCAGCCCAGGACACUGAAGACGCCCUUCCCAGGCACCAAGGAUGUGAGCCCUAGGGCCACUGUGGAUGGAGCCCCCGGAGCUGCUGAGGACACCCCCGGCUUGAAUCUGGGUGAUUCCCAGACCACGUGUGGGGCUGUGAGCUCCUUGGACUGAGGUCGGAACCAUGUGCUCUCUGUGCCCAGUAUCCACAGAGGAUAUGCAGGCCUGCCCUGGGCCACACUCACCUGUCCCAGGGCUCAACGCUCAUGCUGGUGCUGGCCCAGGAGUCCUACAGAGGCAGUGGCACAUACCGGGGUGUGCACGUGUGUGCCAGACGUGUGCACGUAGGAGCGAGCCUGUGGAUCUUCUGAGCAGGGUGCGGGGUGUCACUCUAGAGGCGGGAGUCGCUCUCCCUCGUGGGGUUUAUAGGGUGAAGGAGAGGAAAGGGGUAGUUAGUGAACAAGUACUCUGUUCCCGGCACGGCCCCUGCAGAAACUCAUGACCACAGUGCAACAUUGCAGGCAUGGAGACAGGUUCAGAGACGCUCAGGGCCUGGCCAAGGCUGCACAGCCAGAAACUGUGCCUGGCACGUGGGAGGCCCCCAGAAUAUACCUGCGGUGGGAACGCAUGAGGGCCUGACCAGGAAUAACUAGGAGGAUGGGUGAAAAGCCAGGCCUCCAGCCCAGUCUCUUGAUCCGACACUACGCUGCUUCCCAAGAGAGUUUAGAUAGUCCCUGACUCUGUGCACCCACGUCCAAGCUAGGCUCACGCCACGGCAGUGACCCUCUCUGGUGCUCUCCACCCACAAGAAGUGGCAUUGAACGGCGUUGCUGGGGGAAGGGUGUGCAGGUUGGUGGGGUGCCAGAAAGGGAGGGGCAGCAUUGAGUGGAAUGCAAGAAAUAGCAAUGGGCUUGACCCAGCCUCGCUCUCUGCUGACUGUAUGACCUUUGACCAAUCGCCUGACCUCUGAGAAACUCCUGGCUCCUCCGUCCAAGGGGGUAAGCACCCCCAUUUCCUGAUUACAGGACUGGAAAAGAGACCCAAGGAGCUGGGUAGUGGGGAGGGGGUUUCCAUCCCCAGAGAGGAGGGUGGUAAUGGGCUUGUCUGGCCCCAGGGCUUCUCAGCAGCUGACCACUGCCCCUCCCAGAGACCACUCCUGCACUCUCUUCCAAGACACUCCUGUGGGGGGGUCCCUUUUGUAACUCUUCGUCCUCUGGCCCUGAGUUGUUGCCCUUCCCAAGGGCAGUCCCUUUCCCUCUCCUUGCCCUCUGAGACUUAGACCCACAGCCCAGGAACCUGCAGGGCUGGAGACCCACUGCUGCUGCCUACAUGGCCCCUCCACCUGGAGGUUCCAAAGGCCCUCACUCGGAGCAUGUCCACAGCUCCACUCUUGCCACCUUCCCCGCACCCGCUCCUCUGCCAGGGUUCCCCAUGUCAGACAGAAGCCUUUCCCCCCAGCCAGCUCCAAAGGCUGAGGAUCACCACAGGGACCUCCCUGCUCAUGGUCUAACUUCUCCAGUCCCAGCUCCCUGGGAGUCUAUCUAUCGUCUGGUGGCUUCAAUCUAUGUCUGUGACCACUGCUCAGCUUCCCGGCCCCCCAUCAACACCCCCUUCAGGAUCCACGAAACCACUUCCCAAUGGGCCUUAAUGGCCUCAUGCUGCUCCCUCCAAUUCCCUCUCCACCUGAAACAGCCAUGUGGGAUUUUCAAAGUACACACCACCCUGGAGCCCACGGGUAUAAAAACAUCUUCAGAUGGCCCACAGGCCCUGCGUGGGCCACCCUUCACGCCCCUCCAGCCGCCUCCUGUGCCGUAUCCCUAUCUCAUUCCCCCAACUCUUUGCUUCAGGGCUACUGCCUGGGUGUUCUCGUUUUAAUUGACUUGCUCUUCCAGCCCUUGGGCUGUCACGUGGCUGCUCCCUUGCCUUGAGUAGCCCCUGCUGCCCUCUUGACUGGGUAACUGCUCCAGUGUCAAGUCCUUGAGGGAGUCUUGGCUGUCAUUCUAGGCAGAUUCCCUUCCACACGCCUGUGGAGGCAGAAUGUGACUGUGGUAUAAUGUGAUGGGCUGACCGCGGCCUCCCCCACGCUUGAGAUCCUACCCGGUCCUGUGCCACUGUAUGGCUAGCCAUGGCAACAGUGCUUGGCCCA